AUUCUGGGGUUUUAAUAAAGGGCCACGAUCAGAGAAAUAGCAUAGAGUUUGAGUACUUUCGCGGGGCUAAUGAUAUAGGAAGACGCAUUUAUCAGAAUUAUUGCUCCAUAAUCAGCACUAAGUCCUUAAUCUUCCGAGUAUGAGGCAAGUGUGGAUCAUCGGUCUCCUUUGUGCCGCCCUUGCAUUUUCGGCCGUCCGAGCGGAGGAGGAUGUGGACGUUGACGGGACGGUGGAGGACGACCUCGGGAAGAGCCGAGACGGGUCCAGAACUGAUGACGAAGUGGUGCAGAGGGAGGAGGAGGCCAUCCAGCUGGACGGUCUGAACGCCGCGCAGGUGAAGGAGAUCCGGGAGAAAGCGGAGAAGCACGUCUUCCAGGCCGAGGUCAACAGGAUGAUGAAGCUCAUCAUCAACUCGCUGUACAAGAACAAGGAGAUCUUCCUGAGGGAGCUGAUCUCAAAUGCUUCUGAUGCCCUGGAUAAGAUUCGGCUGAUGUCCCUGACCAAUGAUGACGCACUCGCUGGCAACGAGGAGCUGACUGUCAAAAUCAAGUCUGAUAAAGAUAAGAACAUGCUGCACAUCACGGACACGGGCAUCGGCAUGACCAAAGAAGACCUGGUGAACAACCUGGGCACCAUCGCCAAGUCGGGCACCAGCGAGUUCCUCAGCAAGAUGACGGAGAUGCAGACGGAGGACCAGUCCACCUCCGAGCUGAUUGGCCAGUUCGGCGUGGGCUUCUACUCGGCCUUCCUGGUUGCCGACCGCGUCAUCGUCACGUCCAAGCACAACAACGGCACGCAGCACAUCUGGGAGUCCGACUCCAACGAGUUCUCCGUCAUCGAGGAUCCCCGUGGCGACACGCUGGGCAGGGGCACCACCAUCACGCUGGUGAUGAAGGAGGAGGCCACUGAUUUCCUGGAGCUGGAGACCAUCAAGAACCUGGUGAAGAAAUACUCUCAGUUCAUCAACUUCCCCAUCUACGUGUGGAGCAGCAAGACGGAGACCGUGGAGGAGCCCAUCGAUGAGGAAGAGGCCGAGGCGGAGAAAGAUGAGGCUGCUGAGGAUGAAGCUGAAGUGGAGGAGGAAGAGGAGAAGGAUAAACCGAAGACCAAGAAGGUGGAGAAGACGGUGUGGGACUGGGAGCUGAUGAACGACAUUAAGCCCAUCUGGCAGAGACCCGCCAAAGAGGUGGAGGAGGACGAGUACAAGGCCUUCUACAAGACCUUCUCACGGGACUCUGAAGACCCCAUCUCUCACAUCCACUUCACCGCAGAGGGGGAGGUCACCUUCAAGUCCAUCCUGUUCGUGCCGGCCUCGGCUCCGCGCGGGCUGUUCGACGAGUACGGGUCCAAGAAGAACGACUUCAUCAAGCUGUUUGUCCGCAGAGUUUUCAUCACCGACGAUUUCCACGACAUGAUGCCCAAAUACCUGAACUUCAUCAAGGGCGUGGUGGAUUCCGAUGACCUGCCCUUGAAUGUGUCCAGAGAGGCGCUGCAGCAGCACAAACUGCUCAAGGUCAUCCGUAAAAAGCUGGUGCGUAAGACCCUGGACAUGAUCAAGAAGAUCGCCGAGGAGCAGUACAACGAGAAGUUCUGGAAGGAGUUCGGCACCAACAUCAAGCUGGGCGUGAUCGAGGACCACUCCAACCGGACCCGGCUGGCCAAGCUGCUGCGCUUCCAGACCUCCCACAGCGAGACAGUGCUCACCAGUCUGGAGCACUACCUGGAGAGGAUGAAGGAGAAGCAGGACAAGAUCUACUUCAUGGCCGGCACCAGCAGGAAGGAGGCGGAGUCCUCCCCCUUCGUGGAGAAGCUGCUGAAGAAGGGCUACGAGGUGAUCUACCUGACGGAGCCGGUGGACGAGUACUGCAUCCAGGCGCUGCCCGAGUUCGACGGCAAGCGCUUCCAGAACGUGGCCAAGGAGGGCGUGAAGUUCGACGAGAGCGAGAAGGGCAAGGAGAAGAGGGAGGCCCUGGAGAAGGAGUACGAACCCCUCACCACCUGGAUGAAGGACAAGGCCCUGAAAGACAUGAUUGAGAAGGCAGUGCUGUCCCAGAGGCUGACCAAGUCUCCCUGUGCCCUGGUGGCCAGCCAGUACGGCUGGUCCGGGAACAUGGAGAGGAUCAUGAAGGCUCAGGCCUACCAGACGGGGAAGGACAUUUCCACAAAUUACUACGCAGGUCAGAAGAAAACCUUAGAAAUCAACCCCAAACACCCUCUUAUCAAAGAGAUGCUGUCGCGAGUGCAGGCGGACCCUGAGGAUCAGACGGCCUCCGACCUGGCCGUGGUUCUGUUGGAAACGGCCACCCUGCGGUCCGGGUACCAGCUGGCCGACACCAAGGCCUACGGAGACCGGAUAGAGCGCAUGCUGAGGCUGAGCAUGAACGUGGACCUCAACGAGCAGGUGGAAGAGGAGCCAGAGGAGGAGCCAGAGGAACCAGCAGAGGAAGAUGAUGAGGCUGAUGAAGAGGAGGUGAAAGCAGAGGAGGAGGAUGAGGAAGACACGGUUACCAGCAACACAGAUAAAGAUGAGCUGUAAAAACAGGGGAUAGUGGGAGGGCAGGGGAACAGGACUGGAACCAAUUUUCACCCCCGAGAGGCCAGGACUGGAACCGAGGAGCCAAUCGCCAACCUGCAGAGGGGUGGGGACUGGAACCAAGGAGCCAAUCACCUUGCAGAGGGGCAAGAGUGGGACUGAGGAGCCAAUCUAUAUUUUGAGGGGAGGGGGGUGGGGGUAUUUCUUGGGAUUGAGGUUUUUUUAAAAGGCGCCUUUUUGUUUUUGUUUUUUUUUUUACAUUCCUCAUGAUUGUAAAUUUGUUAAUAUUUAACUGAGCUGAAAUAUGGAGCACUACCAUCCUGCCGCGUGAACCAUUAAAUGUUUCCAGAAAGGGAUGAUGGGUAGAUUUUAUGUUCUCUGUGUCACAGUUCUGGUAUCUUCAGUGCUAGUUACACACGGUCACAUUUAUGGAAGAGAAUGUUCCUCCCUGAGUAUGUUUGGCGACGUUGCAGUAAUGCCAAACUGCAGCACUGGACAUCGCUCAUUUUUCAGUUUGGUUCUGCAUUGAAGUCUUAAUUUGGCCUUUUUUGCGCACAGUGGAAACAGGGUAAGGUGCAUAAAUGUUAUUUAUUGUGAACCUGUGACACGACUGCCUUGGCUGGUCAGGGUUUCGAUGGCUAAGCCCAGAGAAUCUGCUGAAUAAAACACAAGUAAACAAA